CAGCUUCACAAACAUGAUCUAACGUAGAACAAGGUGCGACUAUGUCCGGGACAUUUAUUUUCGGAAUUUAACCACGAAACCGCAGCUCUGACAUCUCGCAAUUUUUCAUCCAUUGCUCUGUUCGCUCAGACUAAACGAAUCGAUUGCCUACUCUGCGUUUUGCUUUGAAACGACUACAAACAAUAGAUAGAGGUUGUUCUUGUAUAGAAGUAGUGAUCCAACAAUAAUAUCCUUCUUGCAGUGUCAGUCCUCUCUGGUAGCCUAUCCUCUCUCUGGGUCCGGCUUGGUAUAUACUGUGCUGGUAGGAUGAAGUGUGCACCGUGGCCUGAAGGAAAGAAAUUGGUUCACCUGGAUUUGAAAGGUGCCCCCCCAACAGUGGAAUACCUUCACAAGCUGAUCGAGCUGUUCUCUCAGCUGGGAGUCAAUGGCCUCCUGGUGGAGUAUGAGGACAUGUUUCCUUAUGAAGGGGAGCUGAAGCUGCUGCAGGCCACAACCCAGCCUGCUUACAGCCCAGAGGAAGUAUUAUCUAUGCAGGAAUUUGCUAAAUCUAAAGGCAUGGAAGUCAUCCCACUGGUGCAGACAUUUGGUCACAUGGAGUUUUUGUUGAAGCAUCAACCUUUAUGGAGCCUCAGAGAAGUGCCACACUGUGUGGGCACCCUGAAUCCACACAAAGAGGAGGGAGUGAGGCUGGUGAUGGAGAUGCUGAGGCAGGUGGUGGCGCUCCAUCCCGGCCUAAACACAAUACACAUUGGAGCAGAUGAAGUAUACAUGCUCGGUGAGGGAGAAGAGUCUAAAUUAUGGUUGGCUUCACCUGGACACACAGUGGAGCAACUUUUCCUGAGUCAUGUGACCAAGGUUGCCAAGGCCAUCAAGGAGGUGUGGCCUUACAUGACCAUAAUAAUGUGGGAUGAUAUGAUGAGAGGCAUGAGCCAGGACUCACUGAAAGCUAGUGGUCUAGCAGGACUUGUCCAGCCCAUGUUGUGGGACUAUACCCCUAAUCUGGAUGUGGACAAAACUGUGUCUCUGCUGGAGAAGUACUGGAAUGCUGGUAUAUCAGAUCUGUGGGCGGCCAGCUCUUUUAAAGGCUCCACUACUGUUCAUACCUGUGUGCCCAGUACACAGAGACAUGUGCAGAACCACUUGCAGUGGCUAAAGGUGGCUGCUUCUUUAUCUGCUGGCAUAAACCUGAAGGGCAUCGCCAUCACAGGCUGGCAAAGGUAUGAUCACCUGUCAGUGCUGUGUGAGCUGAUGCCUGUGGCUCUGCCCUCACUGGCAGCAUGUCUCCAGACACUUUUCCAUGGUGAGUUCAGUGCUGAGGCUCAAAGCAAAGUAACUGAGAGGCUGGGCAUCUCCUCAGUUGAGAUGGAGGCCAUUGAAAGGUCACCUGCAGUUGACUCAUUGUUCCCAGGAAGGAGGCUGGCUGAGUUAAUUGUGGAGCUCGACUCACUGGUGAAAUCAGAGGACAUACGAUUUUUUGAAAACAACAUGUUUGUGAGAGGAUGGUUCAGCCCCUACCAGCGACAGAGGAAGAUGGCAACUCCACUCAUCACCAUGCAAAUUCACAACCAAGCAUCAAACUACUUGGCUAUGUUACAGCAGAAGGUGGAGGCAGUAAGAGAAGAGAUGGUGCAUCUCUAUCCAGAUUCAACUGCCCACGAGUGGAUAGAGGAGCAUGUUAGCCCUUUAAUGGCUCCUCUGCAGAGGAUUACGGAGGACAUUGAAGCCUGUAUGAAGGAAAUGGUGCCAUAGAAUAUUUUUCCAGC